AUGGCCGAGCCCAACGUUCUGCCGGCGCUCGUGCUGUCUAGGUUCCAGCUCAGCCUGUCGCCCGCCUACGUGCACCUCAGGCUCAGGGUGGAGAGUGGAGACGGAGCACGGCAGUUCGUUCUCGGCGGCGGCGUGGGGCUGGUCUGGGUCUCGCUGCCGGGCGCCGGGAGGGCUCCGACGACGGUUCGUAGCGGCGGCGGCGUGGGGCUGGUCCGGGUCUCGCUGCCGGGCGCCGGAAGGGCCCCGACGACGGUUCGUAGCGGCGGCGGCGUGGGGCUGGUCCGGGUCUCGCUGCCGGGCGCCGGGAGGGCUCGGACGACGGUUCGUAGCGGCGGCGGCGUGGGGCUGGUCCGGGUCUCGCUGCUGGGCGCCGGGAGGACGGUGGGCAGGUUUCCGCCGUCCCGCGCCAAGUUCGCCAAGCCCGCCGAGCAGGGGCCGCCAGGCCACCUCAAAGGUGCCGCCUUGGCAGGCCUCCUCACCUGCUACAAGCCAGCCACCGGUGCUGCCUUGUGCUACGUCUCCAACAACCCGUCUCCCUCCUCCCUCAACGAUCCCUGCUCCCUCAAGAUGCGUCCCUCCACCAAAAGCUUGAUGUUGUUCUUGACCAGAUCAAUCAGCUUCAUAAAAAACUAUGGCAGAGCUUAUCUGGAGGCCGAGCUGAACAAACUGGCCAAGACCAUGUUUUUCAGCUUCACCAAUGAUGAUAAGGUCAAAGAGAGUCUGCAUAAGCUCAUCGAGGAGGGAGUUGAUACUACUUUUUACCAUAUCGCCUCGCUUAAGACGUGGUAUAGAUGGUUACGAGGGAAGUGA